AUGGCCCAAACCGGUUUCUGCGAUUCCAGGCCAUUGUUGGACCUACACAAGAAGACGGAGGAGAGGCGUGCUCCCCUGCGGACCAGGGCCAAUGCCUGCGUCCCCAAGGAGCGGCGGCUGCUGGCCGACGCCGAGGAGCCCAGGGGGGGCCACUGCACGGCCAGGCCGGAGCACAGAUGGGUAAGGAAGCUGCCAGCGUCUGAAGACGGGGUCAUCGAGGACUACGCGGAGCAGAACGGCUCUGCACGGACAGGUGGGCGUGAGGAGGAGGCCCUGCUGCUGCGCCUGCACGGGCUGCACGGCCUGACGCGGCUGGGCACGGCGGUUCCCGGGCUCCUGAUGAGGGAGCUGGAGGCGGCCAUGUGCACGCUGGGCCUCAUCUACGACAAGACCUACGCGUGGGACAUCUUCUCAGGCAUGAUGAGGUGUCAAUCACACUACACCUUCCCAAAUGCAGAGCUGCCACGCCCCUUCACCGAUGCCACCCGAGCUAUCCUGGUGGACUGGGUGACCCAGGUCCAUAAAGUGUUCAACUUCUCAGAGGAGACUCUGUACCUGGCCGUGCACCUGCUGAACCGUGCUCUGCGCCAGAUCAAGGUGCAGACGUCCAACCUGCAGCUGCUGAGCGCCGUCUGCCUCUUCCUGGCUGGCAAGAAGGAGGAGUGUGUGCUGCCGGAGAUUUCGGAGCUCUGCUUCCUGAUGGAUAACUGCUACAGCAAGCGCAAGCUGCUACACAUGGAGCAGCGCGUCCUGUGCGACCUCAACUUUGACAUCUCCUACUGUCCGCCCCUGCACUUCCUGCUGCUCACCGCCCGCAUCGCCCGCUGUAGCGAUAAGGUGGUGUGGAUGGCCCGCUACCUGCUGGAGCUGUCGCUGCUGGAGGGCCAGUGCGUCGUGUUCCAGCCCGCGCAGCUGGCCUGCGCUGCCCUCUGCCUGGCGCGCAAGGUACUGCAGGAGCCAGCCACUCCCGAGGGAGAGGCAGCGUGGCGCCUGGCCACCAGUCUCCACGUCUGCAGUGAAGCCACCCUCCAGCGGAUCAUGCACAUUCUGGCUGUUGCCGCGUCCAGGGCGGCGGGCCGGGAGACCCGCGCCUCCUUCGUCAAGUUCGCCACCGUCGAGACCCUGCAGGUCAGCACCCACCACGCCCUGCACAGCGCCCCCUGCCUGCUGGGGCUGUCGGGACUGCAGGGCCGAGGCCAGAAGCGCGAAGGCGGUGACGUUCGCCAGCCUUGA